AUGAAGAAGAAUGCUCCAAAUAUAUCAAAAGUAGCAUCAGAUUUGAUUCUGGCAUAUCAAUAGUUAACCAGCCAACAAAAAGAAAUUACCAUCUCUCCUAGAUAUGAAAAAACUGCCUUAUAUUUCCCACAAUCACCUAUUGAAGAGCAAAUUGAAGAAGAAAAUUAAAUUGAUAGUCCCAGAAAAACCAUUACAGAGGAGGAAGAGGAUUGCUUAUUAGAGAUUUCUGAACUCAGAAGAAUAGUAGAUCAAAUGAGAAUGAAAUACAUGAACAUACCUGAAAAAUAUUUGCAAUAGCCAUUGUAAACUACCAAUUAAAAUGCUACCCCCUCUGCUCAGAAUAAGAAACCAAAAAAAUAGGUGGUCAUUACUUAAUACUAAUCAGAUUUCUUAAGGCAAUAGUAUGGAAAAAUUAAAUGA